AUGGCUGGUUUUAAUACUAUUGAUAUUUCCCAAAUUACAUUAACUUCUGGGAGGGGCUUUUCAUCUGACUCGAACUCUGAGUUGCUGCUGGUAGGCAGGAAGGAAAAAAUGAAAUGGGAUGAAUGCCGCGAUUUGGUGGAAGUUCCAGAAGAUCCGGAAUGGAAAUUACGAUAUAUGGCUGAAGUUUUUCCACAGUAUUGUUGGAAAUAUGCUGAACCGCAGGUGAUUGCUUAUUACCAUUACAAUAUUGCUACAACUGCUAGCGCACCUGCAGGGCAGUCGUCUGCUACACUUCCUGUUUUCUACGCACAUUUACCGAAUUCAUUUUCACCCUAUGAUUUCAGCAUUCAACCGAAAUCACUAGACCGCGCCCGUGAGCGACUAUACCGGCAAAUGCAGGCUGUAUACAGUGCCGAGAACGAAUAUAUGAUUUCAAAUCUUGUUGAUAUCGGUAACGACAAUUUCGCCAAAAUAGAAAAUGUUAGGCCUCUUUUUAAAGUUUUUGGACGUCUACCUCCGCUUGCUGUACGUUGUCGUAUGAAAGGCGUCGAUAUGAACGAUUUAACAGUGGAAAAAGUGAAUGCAUUCCAAAAUUUAAUUAAAUCUUGUGGUAAUAUUGUUCGGGUAGAACUUGCUGAUGUUUCCUCCAUACCAUUUCUUGUCAAUUUGUAUCACCCAACGGUGCAAGGCACGAAUCUCGGCAAACUGUUUUAUCGUUAUAAAGAUCAUGCCGAGCAUGAAGCGGCGCGAGAAAGGAGAUGGAAUAAAAAAUUGGCUCGAAUGAACGACGAUUUUUCAAAUGAUUCUACGAACGAGGAGAGUUCCGGAGAUGAAUGUUUACAACCUACACAUGUGUUGCACUUGGAAAGAUUACAAAAACCGAUCACUGAUGAACCACUUUACAUUUCACAUAUUGAAAACAGCCGAUUCAUUUACUUACAUAGUGAAUAUCACAAAAAGACAAUCGAGAAGCUGGAAAAACACUUAUUCAUCAAGUGGCCCGAGCUAAAAAUUGUUCCUGAGAAAUGGUUGCUGCCAGCCCUAGCUUGUGCUUAUUCUGAUAACUUUGCUUGCAAUCCCUGCCGAGUUGUAAUAGCGGAAGUUGGAAACCAAAUGGUGUGGCUACGUAGUGUUGAUCAUGGGUGGAAGAAGAAUUUACCGAAAAUGGACUGCCAAUCUGGUAAUUUACGCCUUCUUACAAGAGAAUUCUCGGAAACACCACUUGUAAGUAGCACUGGCUCAGUGGCAAGUGGUCAUGUCUCACCAAAAUACAUUGUAAGUUCAAACCUAUCCUCGAUUCUUGGCGCUCUGAUGUUAGUCUAUUCAUCAGAUGCGUAUGCAUUAUCAGAGAUCUAUCUCUGUUGCCUGCCAAACUCAAUGCAGUAUUAUCCACAUCGGUCUGAAACUGAUAUUCUGCGAAGUAUUUUACCAACCGGUACAACUGUAAAUAUUCGUCGUUUCCCGUGCAAGCGAUCUUUACCAUACAGAGUGGAUAUUUUCUUAGAGAAUGAGUCAGUUAUUGAUAUCCUCGAACACUUGAAGAUCGAAAAACGAGUAUUACAUCCGUGCUUGGAUUUGGUACCUUACAAACCAUCGGCAUGCGCUGAGCUUUAUGAGCUUGACUGCAAUUACCAGGAAGAUCUCGAAAUUUUCCAGCCAUUUGCGAAAGGUCGUCUAGAAUAUGCCAAUUUGUAG